GUCUCCGAACGGGACCCUGAAGCCGUCCAGUUCUACGUGGUGCUCCCAGGCGGGCGCCGCGGUGCUGUGCCCCGAGCGGCUGUCAUAAGUCAGGAUGUGCGCCGGGUCUUCGCCCUUGGAGAAGCUCCAGUGGAGGAUGGGGCUGUUCAGACAUGACCCUUUAAGAGGCGUGGCCUGGUCAGGUGCCGCGCGACGUCGACGAGGCUUCGUGUGAUCUCCGGUGUGUGAGCGGGGGCCAACAUCAGCUACCAUGUGAGUCUUCUCAUUUUCUAGCUGCUCUCCUUUCCCAGUUAAAGAAAGAUUGCUGUCCGCGCAUAAGAGGAUUAGCGUGGAAUUAGUGUCAUUCCUCUAUCGCCGGUAGAAAUGGAUUCAUAUCGAUUUUAAUCAGCGAGAGAGAGAGAGAGAACAAUACACGGAUGAAGCAGGCGGCAGGCAGACGGAGGACGACCGACGAGCGCCCGGGAGGCAAACCGCCCGGAGAUGAAGAAGAUGGACCACUUCCCGAGAUGCUUCUGCAAGCGUUGGCCACCCUCCGCCAGAUGAUUGACGUCCGCCGUUAGUGGGCCCGACUGGAGCGCAGAAGAGGUGGAGGCGUCUCGGAGGAGGCGGGGUGGGGCGGGCGGAGAUAGGUUAUCGGCCGCUGAGGGUUGGGGUGAUGCUGUGAAAGAUGAAGGUCGACGUACUGACCUGCUUGACCGUGGCCGUCGCCAGCCUGGUCGCCAUGGUGACCGGCGGCCGCAGCUCCGGACGCAGGAGGCACAAGGAGAUCUUCCUCGGGGAAAACAGCAAGUUCAAGUUUGGAGGACGCAUCGACUACAAACUGAAGAAGCAGGACAGCACCAAAACUCUGCUGAUCAAAACCGAACAGCUGCUGAGAAUCGAGGAGCACGACUUCGCCAUGAGGCCUGGCUUUGGAGGAGCGGCCAUCCCCGUGGGCAUCGACGUGCAGGUGGAGAGCAUUGACAGCAUCUCCGAAGUCAACAUGGACUUCACCAUGACCUUGUACCUGCGUCACUAUUGGAAGGACGAGCGUCUGGCAUUCCCGUCGCACAACAACCAGAGCAGGACGUUCGACUCGCGGUUGGUCAAGAAGAUCUGGGUGCCAGAUAUCUUCUUUGCGCACUCCAAGCGUUCCUUUAUCCACGAUACCACCAUGGAGAACAUCAUGCUACGCGUGUACCCCGACGGGAACAUCCUCUACAGCGUCAGGGUGACCGUUACGUCUCUUUGCUCCAUGGACUUCAGCAGCUUCCCUCUGGACACGCAGAACUGCUCGUUGGAACUGGAGAGCUACGCGUACAACGAGAAUGAUCUGAUGCUCUACUGGAAAAACGGCAACGACUCCCUGAGGACGGAUGAGAUUGUUUUGUCUCAGUUCUUCAUUGAGCAUUUCCGCCCGUCCAGUGGCUUGGCCUUCUACAGCAGCACAGGUUGGUACAACCGGCUGCUCAUCAACUUCAUCCUGCGGCGGCACAUCUUCUUCUUCAUGCUGCAGACGUACUUCCCCACCAUGCUGAUGGUGGUCCUGUCCUGGGUUUCCUUCUGGAUCGACCGCAGAGCCGUACCGGCCCGCGUCUCUCUGGGUAUGACCACCGUGCUCACCAUGUCCACCAUCAUCACAGGAGUGUCGUCCUCCAUGCCUCAGGUGUCGUACGUGAAGGCGGUGGACAUCUACCUGUGGACCAGCUUCCUCUUUGUUUUCCUGUCUGUCAUCGAGUACGCGGCGGUCAACUACUGCACCACCCUGGAGGAGAUGAGGAAAAUGAGGAGGGGGAAGCUGCCGUCCUCCUUCAACGCUAGCCAGGCCAUGGCGUUUGACGGCUGCUUCCACGACAACGAUAUGGAGCUGACGCCGUUCCCCCGUGCGGCCCAGGGGCUGGCCUCCGAGCCCCCGCCGAACGCGUCGCCCCAGCGCGACCCGCGGCCCUCGGAGGGGACGCGCCUCCGCCGGCAGCGGUCCGUGCGCGAGAAUGUGGACCUCUUGGUCAGCAACAGCUACAUGAUCGACUCGUACUCCCGCCUGGCCUUCCCGCUGUCCUAUCUCCUCUUCAACACCAUCUACUGGAGCCUCUAUUCCUGAGACAACAGUCGGCUGAUAUGAGCUCUUUUCCAAAUAUUCACAAUCGAUCUGAGUUUUGCUGAUUAACGUUCUUAACCUUAAAACGGCAAAUAUUGUUUAUCGUUGGAGUCACUCAGAGUGAUUGUUUGCAGUCAUCACUUCAUGGUAAAGGAAAUAAUGGAGUCAAAGACUCAUUUCAACGUCUACGACUUCUUUCUGAAGACAGCUCUUUUCCAUUUUUUUUUAACUGUCUACUCACUCUACUGUAUAUUAAUUUCGUCAGCUACAAGUCAUCUUCAGUUUCAAGAAAUUGCGCGGCAAACCUUUUGGAUGGUUGCAUUCAUUGAUCAAAAAUGUGAUUUCACCCUCCUCAA